AUGGAUACAGUUACACCACCACCGUCAGUUAAACCACCGUCACCUUACCGUUCUUCUCCGUUACAGAAUAUCAGUCCCAGCAUUCUCAUCAUCGUUACGGUUCUCGCCAUCACCGUUAUCGUUUCUCUAGCUAUCUGUUUCCUUCUCCGCCACCUCAACUGCAACUGUCUCCGCCGUAUCCCCGCCGAUCGAAAUCGGACAUACACUGUAUCGCAUCCCAGCGGCAGAAUCUCUCCGGAAAUAGUACCUCCUUCAGUCAUCGACUCCUUGCCUCUCUUCCCGUACUCCUCAAUAUCUCGCCGAUCUUCCACCGCCGCUGACUGCGCCGUGUGUUUAUCGAAGUUCAAAAACAGUGACCUCCUCCGUUCUCUACCUUUCUGUUUGCACGCUUUCCAUGCCGACUGUAUAGACACCUGGCUCCAUUCAAAUAUGUCGUGUCCGCUCUGUCGAUCUUCUAUCUUUCCGUCUGAUUCCGAUCUCGCUAAGAUUCUCCGAUCAACUUCCUCAGAUAGUUUCCAUAUUGAAAUAGGAAAUGUAAGCCGGAGAAGACCGGAAUCCGUCUCCAUCGUCGAAGUAGGCACCAAUACGGAAUCAAUCGGCGACGGAAGAAUCAUACUCCAUUGGAUCAUUCGAGUAUUAUGUCGAGGAGCCGUCAGAAGUUUUAUUCACUCAAGAUCACCGGAGAAGUAUCUCCGAUCAGAAAGAUAUUCACAUUCCAGUUCUCCCUGA